GAGGGAUUGUAUGCCAAAUUGCCGAUUGUGAACUGGAAUUAGGUUCGUGAGAGAAUAUGACUUUUCCGCCUCUGUCCUUGGGAAAUUGAGCUUUCACGCUUCGAAAUCUCUUUCGCGACAUAGGAUUUGGAUUGUGAAUAUCUUAAUUGGGCCACGGGCAUAAGGAAUUAUAUUGCAUAUUCAUUGCAGGAUUUCUGAAGACAUUUUGACAUCUUUUUUCUACUUUGAAUUUCGGUUUUGUAUGGUAAAUUUAUCUGCUAUGAGGGUGAAAGACAGAAUCAGUGGACUUCCUCUGGAUAUACUAGCCCAUAUUUUAGGAUUAUUGCGGAUUCGAGAAGCUGCUAUAUCUGCCAUUUUGUGUACGAGUUUGAGAGAUGCUUGGUUAAGUCUUCCACACCUCAACUUUGACAGCCACUUCUUCAUUUACCUUCGGAGCCGUCAUAUGGAAGCAUUAACAACACUCAUAAUCAAGACAAUCAUCAUCAAGCACAAAGGACCUAUUCGAAAAUUUGAGUUUGAUUUUUACAUGAUAAGAUGUAUGAAUAAGAUGUCUACGUGGUUGGACUUUGAUGAAAUGUUACAUCGUCUCACCCGAAAAGGAGUCGAGGAAAUACAUCUUUCUAUUUGUUCAUGUACUCAAUACGUAUUGCCAGAUUGCAUAUUUUCUUGCCUAACGCUACAGACACUGCAUCUUUCAGGAGUCCUUUUUCCCCAAAUUAGAGCCCCUUGCAUAUUCCCGAAUGUUACUUCACUUUUCUUAGAAAAUGUCAAGUUUGAUCAAACAAAAUGUUCUCAUGUUGAACUGCCUAUGCUUAGGAAUCUAACCUGUGAAAGCAUUUCUGGUUUUGACUUUACUGCCCCAAUGCUUAGAAGUUUGAAAUUUUGUGUUCGUCGGUAUUCUAACAUUGCUGGAACAAACUCUUGUCUCAUUCUUCCUGUUAAGUUCGACUUGGGAACUUUACGCUAUCUUCAUAUUGGAAAUAUUGGACUUGGGGUAUAUAUAUGUGCUUUUCUAGUCACUUCACUUAAGUUACUAUUCGUUUAUGUUCACAAGAAGACACUUCAACAAUUCAAAUUUGAAUUUUUUUUGAAGAGGUUUGUUGAAGAGCUAUCUAGAAUUGGUCAAGCACAGACUACACUAAAUGUGGAACACCUGAAGCUACGCUUGAAUGACAAGUAUUCGGAUAACAUAUCAACUUUCUUACACUUGUUGCGGAUGUGCCCAAUGUUAAUCAAACUUGAUAUACAUUUAACGUUCGGGGCAAGGUUUACAAGUGAAGAAGACCUACUGAUGGUCCCUGAGCAUACUUUGGCCCAAACAUUCGAUACAAUUCGGGAUUUAAGUAUUGUUUGCUGGUUUCAUGGGUCAAGUCCUAAAAUGACAUUCUUCAAAUGGCUACUUUGCCGCUUUCCUGCCCUUGAGAAGGUUCUAUUUUUUUCAAAUUAUAUGGAUUCAGACGACAAUCCAUCUGAAGAUAUAGAGACCCUUAUGUGCUUUCUGCGUGCCCAUAAAGAAGUAGAUAUUACUUAUUAUAUUAAGUAAUGUGUAAGUUGAAUAUAUUAGCAGAGAUUCUCGUUGUUAUUUUAAACUUUAUAACUUUAUAGCUUUAAUUUGUGAGUUGGUUGAGUUAUAAAUGAAUAUCUCUGCUAAUAAAUGGGUAUGUAAACGAUUUCUGAACUCCGGCCUAUAUAUGAACGCA